CCGGCCCCGGGGCGUCACUCAAGGCGCCCGGACUCGGUCCGCGUUUAUCCGGGGCGCCGGCGCAGGCCCUGCGGCCCCUUUGCCUGUCGCCCUCCCGUAGCUUUGGCGGCCGCUGGCACCGUGGCGGUGGCGACCAUAGUCGCAGGCUCUUGUCCGCGCGCCAAUGUGUCAAACAGAGCAGCCCACUCUAAAAAAUCAAAGGCGCGGGCCGGCGUUGCCCCUUCUAUCUUUGUCGGUCUCCCCCGGGUCGGGGCGGGCGGGCCGGAGCCCCGCGCGCGCCCGCCCCUCUGGUGGUGCGUGGCCCGCCGCCCCCCCCGGCGCCGGGCCGGCCCUUGUGCGUCUUCGUUCCUUCGCGGCCGGGCAUGGUAUUCCUGCUUGCGCACCCCUCGGGGUGUUUCUGGUGGCUUUGUGGAUUGUUGAUUGAUAUUUAUGAGGCCGGCCGGCCCCUUGCCAGCUAAGCAAUCUCUCUGACUGCCGCCGGCCCGGGAUCUAGCCCCCGCCCAUUAUUUUUCGCGUGUUGUCGCGAUGUGGCGUCAUGGCGCGGGCCCAUUCGUCGUUGUGGCGCGUAGUUGCGAGAUAGACUAUGGCACGGGCCGGCGGCCAUGUUUUGGGUGCCGUGACUGGCUCACUCUUCUUUUUACCUUUCGGCCCGUGAUACAUCGAUCGAAGGCGAAGCGUGGCCGUCGACAGACCCUGUUAGCUCAGGGGGGCCGUUUCCAGUCUUGUUUUCCAGAAGGACCUCGCUAG